AUGAGGCGGUGGGCCAGUUACACUUGCUUCGGUGCCAUCACGAUGCGGCUCCCCAUUCCUAAGUUGGCGGAAAGGCAUAUGCACUCACCGGCGUCUCUGACGUGUCGAAAGGGAGUCCCUACAAGCACGACCGCGGCGGUGGAAAUGACUUACUUCCAGGCAAUCAACUCUGCGCUCGAUCUUUCACUUUUGCGCGACCCGAAGACGGUGCUGUUCGGGGAAGACGUCUCAUUCGGUGGUGUAUUCCGUUGCUCACUUGGCUUGGCUAAGAAGUAUGGUUCUAAAAGGGUCUUUGACUCACCGCUUUCCGAGCAAGGCAUAGUUGGCUUCGCAAUUGGAAUGGCUGCCGUUGGAUGGAAACCAAUUGCAGAGGUGCAGUUCGCAGAUUACAUAUUUCCGGCUUUCGACCAAAUUGUUAACGAGGCCGCAAAGAUGCGCUUCCGCUCAGGAGGUCAGUUCUCCUGUGGUGGGCUCGUGGUGCGCUCUCCGUGCUCAGCUGUGGGGCAUGGAGGGCUUUAUCACUCCCAAAGUGUGGAGGGUUAUUUUAACCACUGUGCCGGUGUCAAGAUUGUUAUGCCCUCCACUCCAUCGGAAGCGAAGGGGUUAUUGCUGCAAUGUGUUGAGGAGGAGGAUCCGUGUAUCUUCUUUGAACCAAAGCUCCUGUACCGCUCCGCGGUGGAACUUGUUGAGCCAUCGUAUUACACAAUACCGCUGGGAACCGGUCGGAUUGUCCGGGAGGGGAAGGAUGUGACUAUUGUCACGUAUGGAACACAAGUUGCGGUUGCUUCGAAGGCGGCUCAGCGUGCGGAAAAGGAGGGCAUCUCGGUGGAGGUUAUUGACCUUCGGUCAUUAAAACCAUGGGAUCGAGAGAUGGUGGCGCAGUCCGUUCGGAAGACUGGUCGGGUAAUCGUGACGCACGAAGCCCCUAAAACUAGUGGUUUUGGUGCGGAGCUUAUCUCCAGCAUCGUCGAGGACUGUUUUCUUUCACUGGAGGCGCCCCCGAAGCGUGUGUGUGGGUUAGACACGCCUCACCCGUUACAUGAGCAGUUGUAUUUACCGAAUGAGGCGAAAGUAUACGAGGCAGUGAAGGAAGUGAUCGCGUUCUAG